CGGAGUCGGUUUGGUUUUUGACGCUGGACGGUUAAUUGCGUGGCGGUGGUAGUUGUAGUGGUUGUGGCAGCAAUUAGAGUGACGCACAGUGUACCGGACAUACGCACACAAAUACAAACAAGUGUACUCCCCCAUACAUACAUACAUACACAUAAAAAUAUAUGUACAUAGUAUACGCAUGCAUAUAUCGGUAACUAUAUACGAGUGGCAUACGCCUGCGGCGACAAGUGCAAGUUCCUCAUUUGUUGCAAGUGCAACAGAUUAAAAGGAAAUAAGAAAAUAAAUUGAAUAAUAAAAAUUGUAAACAGUGACUAGUGUGAAUUGAAUUGGAACUUUGUGCGUUGAGGAAGAGAGUGCAUAAAAAAUAAAUGAAAAUAUUGAAAGAACGCAAGUUACAAAUUAGUGAGCUAUUUGUUAUAGCUGCGCAUGGAUUGCGGAACGGCUAUGCUGGUGUUUGUUUGCUCAAUGAAAAUGUCACAACAACAUUGAAUGGAUGCCGGUUAUUGAAUAAAUAACGAAAAGAUGAAUGUACUACAUACUAUUUACAUACAUUCAUACAAAAAAGAUAUAUACCAAAUAGUAGUACAAAUGAACGAGUGCAUGUGCGACGAGCAGCUAAACGAAUGGAUUUGUAAUCAGCUGUGGCAGCGAGAACAUAAUAAAUACAAUCAGUAACAUGAUAAAACCCACAGCAACAAUAACAACAACGACGAGUAAACACAAAGUGGCAGCUGUGACAACGACGACUACAACGAAUAAAUGUUUAAAUAAAAUAAAAAGCAGCAACGCUAAAUGCGAAUGCAAUUCAUGCUAAAUAGGCGAAGGCAUUGUAACUCAUAGAACAACAAUAAUAAUAAUAAGUAUUCAAGAAAUAAUAUGAUAUAGGAAAAAGACACACACACAUACAUACACAUGUACAUAAGUUAAACAUAAUUAAAUAAAAAAUUGCGCAUGCAUAAAGCGCACAUGCACAAUAACAGCAAAAACAACGACAACAUAAAUUUCAUUAGUGAUAAUUGUUCAUAUAUGUAUGUAUGUAUUUGCACCUAAGUUAUAGAGCAAUAAAUUUUCGUGAUAACAGUGAUCGCAUGAAAAAAAAACAAACAAAAAAUGUUCAAAGACGAAAGAGUGAAUUUGGAAAUACAUAUAUUGAAACUAUGAGUGAAAGUGAAACGAAAAUAGCGAAUGAAAAAUUUGCCUAAUCUUUUGCAUAUUGAAUAGUUGUACAACGAUACAUUUAAUCAGCAAAGAGACGAUCUUAUAGCACACUACAUACAUAGUAUUUUCUACCCGUUGGAGCGUGCUGAGCGUGAAUUCCAGAACUUCAACAAGAAUGUACAGAAUGUUUACUAAGCACUUCCGCCGGAAAAUGAGGCACAGCGACACAGUGACCGCACUCAUCAUAUACAUUUUAUUAGCGCUUAUACAAAAGAUAUCAGCUGCUGGUAACUUUGAAUUAGAAAUAUUAGAAAUUUCCAAUACAAAUAGUCACCUACUUACGGGCUAUUGCUGUGGUGUUCCUUUAGAAAUAAGAAGUACAAAAACAACGGGAUGUCCGCCCUGUUCCACCGCCUUUCGUCUAUGCCUCAAAGAGUACCAGAGUUCACCGCCCAGUUUAUCAAUGGGAUGUUCGUUUGGCAACAAGACGACAGCGAUAUUAGGUGGAUCCAGCUUUGUGCUGAGUGAGCCGGGGAUGAGUGCGAUUGUGUUACCAUUCACAUUUCGUUGGACGAAAUCGUUUACGCUGAUAUUGCAGGCGUUAGAUAUGUACAACACAUCGUACCCAGAUUCGGAGAGGUUAAUUGAAGAAACAGCAUUUUCGGGCGUGAUCCUCCCGUCACCCGAAUGGAAGACGCUGGAUCACAUUGGCAAGAAUGCUCGCAUUACAUAUCGGGUCAGAGUGCAAUGUGCCGUUACGUACUACAACACGACAUGUACGACUUUCUGUCGACCGCGCGACGAUCAAUUCGGCCACUACACCUGCGGUGCGGAGGGGCAGAAACUUUGCCUACCCGGUUGGCAGGGCGUAAAUUGUGAGGAAGCCAUUUGCCGGCCCGGCUGCGACCCCACACAUGGCAAGUGUGAACAGCCUGGCGGUUGCGAAUGCCGUCGCGGCUGGCGCGGUCCACUGUGCAACGAGUGUAUGGUGUAUCCUGGUUGCAAGCAUGGUUCGUGUAAUGGCAGCGCCUGGAAAUGCGUGUGCGAUACCAAUUGGGGAGGCAUACUCUGCGAUCAAGAUUUAAAUUACUGUGGCACUCAUGAACCCUGCAUGCAUGGCGGUACCUGUGAGAAUACCGCACCUGAUAAAUAUCGCUGCACUUGCGCCGAGGGUCUGUCCGGUGAACGUUGCGAAAUCGUGGAGCAUCCGUGUGCGACGCAGCCAUGCAAAAACGGUGGAACCUGCACGCUCAAAGAAUCAACACUGCCUAAUGUAACAACGUUGCCGACAUAUCGUUCGAUGCGCGGCAUGAGCUCAGCCAUGGGUAAACCAGUUAGUCGACGCGAUUCAUUGCUAGGACUGGCAGGAUUAAGCAGCACUGCGACGGCAACAACAACACCAACUGGUACAGGUGGCACGAUGGACGGCCCAAGUGGCAGUGCGGGUGAUGGCCGCGGAAAUAGCACGAGCGCCGUGAAUGCACUUGCUGCGGCGGCUAAAUUGCUACCUAGCGGUGGUGGAGGGGUUGCUAAUCCAGCGCUAGCCACAUCCAUGUUAAUGCAACUACAACAGUAUCACAACAGCGGCAGUGGUGGCAUUGGCAGCGGUACUGGCACGAGCAAUCUACUGCAUUCGCAUCAUUCGAUAGGCCAUCGACUGCAACAGAUACCACCAAUUGGCGAAUACACUUGUGCCUGUGCGCCCGGCUGGACGGGACCAUCAUGUGAAAUCAAUAUCGACGAGUGUGCUGGCGGUCCCUGCGAACACGGUGGCACUUGCAUCGAUCUAAUCGGCGGCUUUCGCUGUGAAUGUCCUCCUGAGUGGACAGGCGAUGUAUGUCAAAUUGAUGUAAAUGAAUGCGAGAUUCACUAUACGACAACCAGCAGCAACAAUGUCGGUGGAACGUUAGCCGAUGCGAUUUCAUCAGCGACCUCUUCGGCGGCGUUGAUUGCCGCCAUAAGUGCUGCCUCAUCGUCCACAGCUGCAACGGCAGCCGCCAAGGCAGCACUUCAAUCGCAAGCAGCAGCUGCAGGUAAUGCCACGGCCAAUGGUGCGGGUGUACAAGCAGCGAUGUCCAGCACCGUGGGUCCGUGCAUAAAUGCGCAACAAUGCCUCAAUCUGCCCGGUUCAUUUUCUUGUAUUUGCCUCGAGGGCUGGGGUGGACCAACGUGUGCGCAGAAUCUUGACGAUUGCGUGGGACAAUGCAAAAACGGGGCGACCUGCAUAGAUUUGGUGAAUGACUACCACUGCGCAUGCGCAACUGGAUUUACGGGUCGCGACUGUGAAACUGACAUAGAUGAAUGCGCCAAUUCACCGUGUCGCAAUGGUGGCGAAUGUGUGGACUUGAUUGGAAAGUUUAAGUGUAUCUGCCCGCUGGGUUACUCCGGUUCAUUAUGCGAGGAGGCCAAAGAUCAUUGCACUCCCUCACCCUGUUUGCAGGGUCGUUGUUUGAAUACACCUGGCAGUUAUUAUUGUCACUGUCCGCCAGAUCGGGCGGGAAAACACUGCGAGCAAAUACGGCCACUGUGCUCACAGCCACUAUGCAAUGAGGGCUGUUUUGUCAAUACCACCAUGAAUACGCCACCAUGCAGUGGGCAUGGCACAUGUGAGAUGGGCGAUGUGGGCACUUUCUGCAAAUGCCAUGUCGGUUAUACCGGCACCUUCUGUGAGCAUAAUUUAAAUGAGUGCUCGCCAAAUCCUUGUCGAAAUGGUGGAAUUUGCUUGGAUGGUGAUGGGGAUUUUACAUGUGAAUGCAUUUCGGGUUGGACAGGUAAGCGUUGCUCAGAGCGCGCUAAUGAAUGCUACGCCGGUCAGUGCCAAAAUGGUGGUACGUGCCUGCCAGGUUCUAUUGAGAAAAGUCUACAGUCCCAUUGCCGCUGCGCGUCCGGCUGGCAUGGCGUAUUCUGCGACGAACCGAUUGACCAGUGCAGCGGACAACCAUGUCAUAAUGGUGGUACCUGCGAAUCCGGCACCGGCUGGUUUCGUUGCUUAUGCGCUCAAGGUUUCUCUGGACCAGACUGCCGAAUCAACGUGAAUGAAUGUUCACCGCAACCGUGUUUGGGCGGCGCAACCUGUAUUGAUGGCAUAGGUGGUUAUACGUGUAUUUGUCCGCCGGGAAGACAUGGGCUGCGUUGCGAAAUUUUGCUUUCCGAUCCCAAGUCCGCCUGCAUUAAUUCUACCAACACACUCUCGCCAUAUCAUGCUUUGAAUCAAAGUCAAUCCGAUUGGUUGGAGCUGGCGCUAUCUGGCAGCACUGACGAGUACUGUAAUGCCUGUAUCUGUGAGAAUGGCACGUCGCGCUGCACGAAUCUCUGGUGUGGCUUACCGAACUGCUUUAAAGUGGAUGCUACUACGAAAUCGUCAAAUCUAUCCGGCGCGUGCAAGCAACACGAGGUAUGCGUGCCAACGAUGAGUGAGGCCUGUCUAUCGCCGCCUUGCGCUGUACGUGGCGAUUGUCGUGCACUGGAGCCAUCGCGCCGCGUGGCGCCUCCACGUCUACCCGCGAAACCCGAAUGCUGGCCCAACCAGGCGGUGUUGAAUGAGAAUUGCGCGCGUCUCACAAUACUGCUCGAUCUACAACAAGUUGUCGAAGGCUCUUCAGUGGAGGGACUUUGUUCUGUCGUUCGCUUUUUACUGGCUUCGAAACUGGUAAAACGGACGCAAAACAGCAACGAAGCCAUGCUCAUUAUUAUUUGUGACCUGAAAACAGGCACUAACGAUACCAUAGAAGUGACAGUGUCAUCAACGAAAUCAGCUGAUUCCGAAUUGCCCAUCACUGUUGGACUGCUCGGCGAGCUGUUAUCUUCGCGUCAGAUUAAUAGCUUGCAACGUAGGAAUGAGCUGCGCAAUGCAAAAUUCGCACCACUGGUCUCUAUACUUGAGGUUAAAGUAGAAACCGCACUCAUAGCUGAGGGCAACCACAACAGCCUACUCAUCGGCAUUCUAUGUGGCAUCUUCAUUGUGCUUAUUGGCUGCGCUGUGUUCAUCACACUCAUUUGGCGUCAACGCUUACAUCCGCGCUCCACUUCGGGCAUCAAUCUUACACCUUCCAUGGACGCACUACGUCAUGAGGAGGAAAAAUCGAACAACUUACAGAACGAAGAGAAUCUACGACGCUACACGAAUCCCCUAAAAGGUUCGACAACCUCGCUGGGGCGUACCAAUGGCAUGGAACUUAGCCUCAAUCCUUCUCCAGAGUUGGCUACGGUCUCUUCAUUGGUGGCCGCUUCCACCUCAGCGCUGCAUCGUUCACAGCCACUUUAUCCAACCAAUUGUGGCGAAUCGAAUUUCGACUGUGAAAUGGAGGUGAGCGCAACGGGGAGUAGAGGUAAUGCGACCAGCAAAACUGAACUGCAUCACGCGCACGUGCAAAAGCGUAAUUCACAAAUUUUGCUGCAUAAAACUCCUAAUUCCGAUAUGAAGAAGAACACUGUCGGAUCGCUGGAUAGUCCGCGAAAGGAUUUCGGAAAGAGAUCAAUCAAUUGUAAAUCAAUGCCACCAGCUGCCAGCGAAGACUCAGACGUGCUCACUGUGGUGGUGUAAUACGCAAUCACAAUGGCAGUACAGCAGCCAGUGUGUAUUCGAGCCGAUGAUCUCAGAAUAUCUACCGAAUUAAUUAGCAAACUUUAGGAUUAUUAAAAUUGCCUUUUUUGCAAAAAGCGGAGAAGAAAUAGGGAAUUGUAAUCAAAUGUGCAUAACACUGUGCGACAAUUUUAUGACAGUUCGGGCUGGUUUGAACUCUACUCGGCCUAAGUAGUUUUCAAAAAAGUGAAAAAAUAUUUUAAAAUAAAUGUCUUAGCGAAAUUAGAUCUUAAGACAUAUAUAGUAAAAUUUCAUGGAAAAAAUAUUUGCGUAGAACUUGCUAACCCAUUAGCUCCCGCUUGAAAAGGUCGUUUUGACCCUUACUUCAAGAAACUCCGCAAAAAAACAAAUUUGGAAGUUCGUUAGAGGACUGAUAUAUUCUAGAAAAUUAUUCUUCGGAGAAAACUUCAAGCCAUCAACGUAAAGCUUCUAAAAAAUUUAAAUAAAAAAUCAAUAAAAAAACUUGGAUUUUUUCUGUAAACAACUUUUUAAAAUUGAGUUUGGCCGUUAUACCUUCUUGGUAUAGACUUUUUGCUUUAAUUUUACAGAGACUUUUACGUUGAUGGCAUAAAGUUUUUGUCUGUCUGAGAGGACCCCACAUAAAAAUUUCCCAAGAAUAAUUUUUUUUUUUAAAUAAAAAACCUCUAACGACCUUCCAAAUUUGCUUUUUACCGGAUUUCUUGAAUUAAGGGUUAAAACGACCCAUCCAGCCGGGAGCUAAUGGGUUAAAAUAUUCUUAAACUUUAGUUUCACUCAGAAAUUUAUUUUAAUAAUUUUUUCCACUUUUUUGAAAACUGCUUUGGUCUGGACAUGAAAACUAACGUAAAAUAAUAAUACAAGCUAACAUUUGCAAAUCCAUCGAGGGUUUUACUAUUGGAUUCGUAUGCUUUCAGAAAAAGGUUAGCAAAGUCCGGGCUGGUUUUGCCUGUCGCACAUUGUAAUGUGAUGUUUAUUGAGCAUUCAUCAAUUUUUUUUUUUAAUUACUCAGCGAGUGAAAGGUUCGAAAUGAAAGAGGAAUAUUUGUUGUUUCUUGUGAAUACAAUCAGCUCCUCUUCUUGCCUUGAGUAUAUUUAUUUAUGAACAAAAGUUUACUUAAUAAAUUGUUUAGGAGCUAUAACUAUUUUGAUAUUAACUACGCUAUUUAGCUACAGAGAUAUGAAGAUGAGCAAAAAAUUAACACGGAGAUAGCAAUAUGCAAUAGUUGCAAGCACUUAUAAGUAGCUUAAUUAAAUUUAUUUAUUAAGCCCAGGCUAGGAAUAGAAUUAAGAAAGACGAUAAAAAGCAAUUACGACUAAAUGCAUCUAUGUAUGUAGUAGUUAAUAAGAUUCUAUUACAUAUAAGUAUAAUGUUGAGUUUGAAAAAUCCUACAGCGUGUGAUAUUAUAGAAUAAAUAAAUAGAAAGUAAGUAAUUAAUUAAGUGUAACUGCAUAAAUAAAUUGUGUGUUUGUGUCGUGUUACAAUGAAAAAAGACAAAACAACUUGAUUUACCACGAUUACUUGGUUGUACAAAAAACGUAAAAUACAGCAAAAUGGAAUGUAAUGUGUAAAUAAACCGAUUUAUUAGCAAUAAGAGAAUCAUAAGAAGACUUUAAUAAAAUGUGUAAUUUAGAAUUCCUUUUUUUUAUUUCUUUAAAUAUUUUUAUUUUUUCCUUAACUGAACUGUUAUCGUUUAUGAUGUAUUUUGCUCUGUCGGAAGCAUCAAAAAGAAAUUAUCGUUUAUAAUGCGGAAUCGAAAUUUAUUCUGAUUUUCAAUGCUUCCAUAAUUUAAUAGGGUGCAAAAAAGUUUUUUUUUGUAUAUUACCGUUUAAUAUCAAUUUUAGUUAGCCAUUAUUUAUUUCGAACAUGUGUUAGUUUUUGUAAAUGCGAUUUAGUUUAAGUAAAGAUUUUAAGAAGUUUCCUGAUUUUAAAAUAUUUUG